UUGAUUCAUUGUACAGGCGCGCUUUAAAUAUUGACAACACUCCCGCCAAGCAGGGGGAUGAGACGUGUGAUGGAAGUUGAUGGCCCACCACGGCACCGACGACCACACACUUGAUAAAUGCCCGGCUGCGACGAUGGUUUUACGAUUUUACUUCCCUCAGAGUUCAGAUGAACUCAGCGUCAUUCAUUUUGUUUCGUCUUACAUGUUGAUUAGCAAAUCCUACACCUACGAGAGGAAAAAUCACAUGCCGUGAUGACGAGUGCCAGGAUGCCAUUAUCCUCCAAAGCUACCUUGUCUGCGGCGUUGGCUAAGGCCAGGACUGCCGUUCAACUCGACCAAGCUCAAUACCAUGACGGCGCCAAAGCAUACUAUAUCGAGGUAGUGGGCAUGCUUGCCCGAGUCAUCUCGCGGGCUUCUAAUGAGAAAGAUGUAAAGAAACUAGAGGAUAUUCGACGGGCCUACACGGACCGCAUUCAGCAGUUGGAUGCAUUAGUGGCGGGCGUUUGAGACAUAAAAGCGACUCGGAUAUGUUGUUAGCAUUCGGCAAGGGACUCGGGACAUUUGAAAUCUGUAUUUUCCAUAACCAGGGAAGAAUUUAAGCGCUUGAUAUCCAGGUACAAUUCGGGCACUCGGGGCGUGGCGUUUGGAUGGUAUAUACAAGGGAUUCAUACAAUAGUUUUACAUUGAAGACGCAAUAUACCCCAACAUUCUCAUCUAUUGAGGUCUGCCUGUUGUGACAGUCUCCGCUAUGGGUUCCUCUGCCUCUGCAUCUAUAUCGCUGCUGGCUUCUUCGGAUUCCUCCACCUCGCCGAAAUUGGUGUAUGCAGAAUCUUGUUCUGC